GUGACCGCGCCUCACCCAGUCCUGUCCCCCUCAACGACCUAACAACCUGGCCUGGUUUUUGCCCAACUCUUUCUUCUUCUAUUCCUCGUCACCGACUUUGUUCUCUUUCUUUCUAUUUUUUUGACCCCCUGUCAAUCCUCGAUUAUAAUUUUGGUUCGCCAACAUGAAUCCCCAUCAGCAGAACAAGAUCGAUACUAGCAAAAUGAGCCCGGAUGAGCAGCGGCUUUUCCGCCUCUAUGGCAAGAUGCCCACCAAGAAAGACCUCCUGCAGAACAAACUGAAGGAGCGCAAAUACUUUGACUCGGGUGACUACGCACUCAGCAAGGCUGGAAAGGCUUCGGACGUCGGUGUCACCAACAUCGGCUCCCAGCACCCCGUCCCGGAGAACAUUCCUCAUCUGACUGCUACCUCGCCUGGUGCUAACAACCCUGCGGCUGCAAGCAAUGGCGGCAGCAUUAGUGCUCAGGGAGGCCAGCAGAUCCCUGGUAGUAUCAGUGGCCAUCCGGGCUCCAUCGGAUUUCAGAGCCGAAGCCCGGUGAAGGAGGCAAGUUAUCUGCAACGGGAAACAAGUGCGGAUGAGACCGAGGAGGCCGAGAAGAAGGAAGAUGACAGCGUGAGCCCACCCCCUGCGCGUGGCGGUGUUCCGAUCCGGCAAUAAAUACCUGAGCUGUCACCUGUGUUCUCCUUGCCCCAUUUGCAAUUGUGUCGCAUCAUGUCUCUGUUUUCCCCGACGGUGGUGGUGGUGGUGGCAUCAAAAGAGCCUGGCGCUAUGGAUCGAUUCUAAUGUAUUUACGACAUUUGGUUCCCUUCUUCCCUUUUCCCCCUUCCGUUUUUAGCGAUUUCUGUGGACAAAACAGAAUGGCUUUGUUUCAAAGCCGGCGGCAAUGAAGUUGCAAG